AAGUUGUGAGCUGUUACCUAGGAGACACAUGGAGCGAGAGUCCUUCGGGGAGCGCCAGCUCUGAUUGGUCAGGAUGCCUCACUGGCCAAUAGAAACCAGGUCCGCUGCGCACAUGCGUAAGGAGGCUAACCCGCCGUCGGGUCCGUCGUACGUGAGUCAGGCUGAGGUUGCAAGAGAAGAACGGCUGCCAAGUCAGGAGAGGGAACUCCCUGGCGCCUGCCGCAACGCGACCCCAAGGAGAGGGACGAAGAGCCUCGCGCGUGAAAGGCCCUGGAAGCGUGCUGUCGUCCUUGCUGAGGCUCACGGGAGACGUAGUCCUAGCGAGGGGUGGGGGGGCCGUUCCCGCGGAGCUGGUGCAGGAUUGGCCAGGCUGGUCCCUCUGUCACCUCCAAAAAGACCCUUCAAAACAAGAAUGCCAUCUCCUCUGGGUACCCCACACCUAUCCCUCAGAGACUCCAGGACCACCCUUGAGGAGCCCGAGGCCGCACGACUCCGUUUCCGGGGUUUCUGCUAUGAGGAGGUUGAGGGACCCCGAGAGGCACUGGCCCAGCUACGAGAGUUGUGUCACCAGUGGCUACAGCCUGAGUCAUCCUCCAAAGAGCACAUGAUAGAGUUGCUGGUUUUGGAACAGUUCCUGGGUGUGUUGCCCCCUGAGAUCCAGGCCUGGGUUCGAGGGCAGCGACCAGGAAGCCCCGAGGAGGCCGCAGCCCUUGUUGAGAAGCUGCAGCAUGAUCCUGGGCAGCUGCUGGGCUGGAUCACAGCCCACAUCCUGAAGCCAAAGAUGCUUCCUCUAGUCCAGAAGACUAAGGAGUCCUCAGGGAGCCACCACAUCUCAGUAGCAACAGAGUCCUCCAAGGCAGGCCCUGCGGAGGCACCACAGGACGCCGGGAUAGACACAUCUACCCAGAUCAAUCGCAGUGUGAAGGAGGAAGUCAGUGUUGAUGGGCAGGAGAUGGUAUCUCCAAGCACCCUCCUUCCAGCCGAGGACCCCGAGGGACCUCUUGAACAUCAGGAGACAGCCUCCAUAUCCUUCCAACCAGGAAGGAUCCAGGAGUGGGGCCUGUUGGACUCAUCACAAAAAGAGCUGUGCUGGGGUGUGAUGCCGGAGAAGUACGACACAGUGGUGUCCCAGGCAAGCCUGCCGCUGCUACAGCCAGAGACACAUAUUGACUCUGAGCUGAGACCAAAACAGGAGACGCCAAACGAAGGACCAGAGUUCCUUGGGAGCCAUCCUCCAGAAGUGGGAGCCACUGCACGUCCAAGGCUAGUUCAAGCCACUCCAAGUAAAAGACAGAGCCCUUGCAAGGACCCUCCAGGCUUGUCUCCCACACCAGUGCUUGAAGCCCCAGCUAGGCCCACACCUCGGAAGCUGUACAUUUGUGAGCAGUGUGGCCUCAGUUUUGAUUGGAAGUCGGUUUUUAUCAUCCAUCUCCGUACACACACGAGUCGGCCAGGCCUGGAAAGACCAUCACAGGUGGCCUGGGAGCCAGCCACAACGCGCUCCCCUGGCCUUCGGGGAUAUACAUGCGUGGAGUGUGGGCGCAGCUUCAGCUGGAAGUCACAGCUGGUCAUCCACCGCAAGAGUCAUGCAGGCCAGCGGCGCCACUUCUGCCGGGACUGUGGGUGUAGCUUUGACUGGAAGUUUCAACUGGUCAUUCAUAGGAAGAUCCACCAGCCAGAGGGCCCAUGAGCAGCUGGGCAGGCAUGUCUCACCUUGGAUGCCUCCAUCCCCUAAUGCACCACUUCUGGCAUCCUCUCUAACUAAGAGGAGGGUUCUAAGGCACCCCAAGUGAGUCAGGGAUUGCAAGAAGGUUGCCCUGUCCAACGCCAGACUAUCCAGUGUGAGGAGAGGAGUCUAUUCCCUUCCUUUGGCUCCUGCUUUGUGGAGCCAGGCCUGGGUUCAAUUACUAACCUAUCCACUUGUACAAGAGGUGGACACUCCCUACUUCAGGAUGCUCAGAAAUUGCCUUAGGUCCCUCCUUGCAGUGGCUGGGCAAGAAGUCUCUGUGGAAGGUACUGGAAACCACAGCUGCCUUUGUAUCCUGCUGCAUGUGACCCUCAUACUAGUGUGCUGGAUUUUUAACGUAAGUUAUACAUCUGUAACAAGAAUUGAUAAGUAAAAAUUCUGACUUCUGACUUCCACUGACCAAAAGAGCAGCCGUGUGUGCUGCUCACAGGAACCACGACGGGGCAGCUGGGCCCCAAAGGUCUAAUUAGUCACUUCUCUCCACCAGCCUACCUAGUUUCUUGGCCACACACAUUGCUUCCCGGCCCCCUCCCCCAACUUUGAAUUCCUGAACUUGGACUUGGAUGAACAACUGACUUUCCUUUGGGAGUAUGAGGGGACAUGAGUGGCUUCUGAGAAGUUAGAAGUUCUAUGGGUGCCUCAGGCCAUGCAUGCCUCUAGGUGAAGGCUACACCCCACAUGGCCAGUUCACCAUUAAACUGGAGGACAAAGGGCCACCCCUCGAUGCCCAGGGAACUGUGACCCUCUGGACAGUCACUCAGGAUUUUUCAGUGCAUGGUGUCCUAUUAACUAUGCCUGUAAACUAGGUGGAUCAAAACAGAUUUACUUACUAAUUGUUCCAACACCAAAGCGCUGAAGCACGUCUCACUAGAUCAAAGACAGACUCAUCCUGGGAGCUACCUGAGACCCUUGGCUUAUGACCUCUUUUUCCAUCUUUAGCAGUGGGUAGUUGUUUACCUUGUUGAAUCAUUGAUACUCUGAUUUCUGCUUACAGGGCCUUUGCAAUGGCAUGGGUCCCCUUAGAUAUUCCAGAGGGAUCACCUUAAGCCCAGGUGAUAAAGCAGGAGCUUUUCUUUUAAGACAGGGUCUCCUAACACAGCAGCUGCUGGCCUCUAACUGGUGAUCCUGUCUCAGCUUCCUAUGUGUUGGAACUAUAGGCUUGUACCACCAAGCCCAGGUUGGUAUUUUAAAUUCUCUGUAUGUAUGUUUAAGACAGUUUCACUUUAAUGCCCUCAAACUAUCUGUAGUCCUUCAACCUCAGCCCCUGAGUGUUGGAAUUAAAGUUGUGUGUCAUUGGGC